ACUAGUACUGGAGAAAGAAUUAUCUUUACUUUCUUUCCAACUUGCAACAGGAAACUGAUCCUAACUAGCGGCAAUCUCCUGAUUGCUUUUAUCAAUUGCGUAAUUUCUGCUUUGUCUACUGUUUUAAAGAUACGAUAACAAGAAAAUGAGGCGGACGGCCGUCGUAGCAGCAUGUACCUUAAGCCAAUUUGCCAUGGAUUUUCAAGGCAAUUUGGACCGUAUUAUUCAGUCCAUUGCUCGAGCCAAGGUAGCGGGAGCGAGGUAUAGAUGCGGUCCCGAGAUGGAUAUAACGGGAUACAGCUGCGGGGACCACUACCACGAGAGCGACACACAGCUGCAUGCUUGGCAGGUGUUGGCACAGCUGCUCCAACACCCCACCUGCGAGGAUAUUAUCGUUGACGUUGGCUUACCUGUCGUGCACAAAGAUGUUGUUUAUAAUUGCAAGCUCAUUUUUCUCAACAGGAAGAUUCUCCUUAUUCGACCCAAAAUGAUUCUCGCUGAUGAUGGUUCUGCCGGUUAUUCCGAAACGCGCUGGUUCACGCCCUGGGCUAAGGUACGACAAGUUGAGGACCACAAGCUACCCCCUUGCAUCACCCAGGUCACAGGUCAGACCACAGUGCCCUUUGGCGAUGCCCUUCUGGAGACCUGUGACACAUGCAUUGGCUUCGAAAUAUGCGAGGAGCUGUAUAAUCCUGAGAGUCCACACAUACCUCAGUACCUGGACGGAGCAGAGAUCAUCAGCAACUGCCUCGGCGCCUAUGAAGAAUUCCAACGGCCUGAGUCAGCUGUCAGCCUCGUCAGCAGCGCCACCAUGAAGAGCGGGGGUUGCUACCUCUAUGCUAAUCAGAGAGGGUUUGAUGGAGGCCACGGCUACUACCCAGGAGAAGCGUACAUCGCCCUGAACGGCUCCAUCGUGGGUCGAGCAGCACCUUAUUCCCUGCAGGAGGUCGAGGUCGUGGUGGCGAAGGUCGACCUUGAGAGCGUCAGGAGGCAGAAGGCCCUUAUAAGGAGCCGCUGCACACACGCCGCCCGGAGUGAGGUUUAUCCGAGGGUUCAGGGAGGAGCGAGCAUCCCGCCCUUCCCGGCGCCCCUCGCCAUCACGCAUCCGUCCCCCGAGGAGCAGGCCCUGAGCGGUCCCGCCUGCUGGCUCUGGGACUUCCUCAGGAGGUCUGGGCGGCGAGGACUCCUGCUGCCUCUCGAGGGCGACGUCGACUCCUCGCUCACGGCGGCGAUCGUCGUCCGCAUGUGCCGUCUGGUGGUGCAGGCGGUGGCGACGGGCGACGAGCAGGUAUUGUCAGACAUAAGACGGAUAGUGGGCCAGGAGGAUUACGUGCCUAAUGAGAAUCGUGACCUGUGUCGACUCCUGGUUCGAACGCUUUGUUUACAUGGCGCAGGCGAGUCGACGCGCCAUCUUGCUCUGGCAGAGGCCCUAGCGAAGGAAAUGGGAAGCCGGCACACCACCGCUGACUUGAGCGGGUCUGUUCGGGCGAUGCAAGCCGCCCUUGAAACUGCAAGCCAAGUCAAGCCGGACGCUGCCUCGCUCCGAGAUCUUUUGUCGAGACUCAAGAUGUCCUUCGCCUUUCUCUACGCCCAGGCCUCGAAAGAAGAAAAAGAAGAGAAAGGAAAAGAAAAAGGAGACGAAGAAAAAGAAAAAGAGAUAGAAGAAGCCAAAGAAGAUUCCUCUGACCACCUCCUCGUCUUGACCUCGGCCGACUGUGACCUCUUGGCGAGCGGGAAAUGGGUCAAAUUCGGUCAUUUUUCAGGGGAUGUGAACCUGGUUGGGAGAUUCCCGGAAGCAGUGGUCAAGGAGGCGGUCGAGAAAGCCGCGCACAGCCUCGCUCUACCUUCUCUCGCUGAUAUUCUCCGCGAACACGAAAAGAAGACGAAGAAGGAGAACCACGAAGAAAAGGAAGAAGAAGAAGGAAGAUUAGGAAAAGGAAAAACACGAGAAGAAACAGAAGCAAACGAAGAAGGAAAAGGAGAAAGAAACGCAGGAGAAACAAAGGAAGAAGAAGGAACAGAAGGAGAAAAAGGAGUGCCAAAGAGUGCCAUGAAUAUGGAGGAGGUGGCACUGUGCCGACACCUUCAGUACGGGGAAGGUUGUGGCCCUUACUCCAUGUUUGGCAAACUCUGCUGGCUGUGGGGCGAGGGGCGUGGCGUGCAGGAGAUCGCGCGCAAAGUCAAGACCUACUUCCGCAACUACAGCAACUUGCAACACAAGAUCUGCAAUGCAACUCAAACCUACUAUGUACCGGGCACAGGACCUCUCCAGGAUGUCAGACCCAUCGUCUCCUCAGCGAAAUGGACUUGGCAAUUCAACGAAAUCGAUCUCGCGGUGGGUAGUCUACAUUUCUCCAUGCGGAACAAGGCUUGA